AAGUGCUGAGGGCGCUGAUCACGUGACCACAAUGGCGACCAAGCAGAGGUUGGAUGGAAGGGCACCUGGCUAAAAAAAGUCUCUAAGCUAAACAAAAUUAUCUUCUUGACGAUCUACAAAAACAGAAAUGUGGAGGAUCUGGAAUUCUUUCCCGCGUGUAUUCCGUCAACAGCUCCAUGGGCCUCGAGCCUCUGCUGGGGUGUAUGUUGAGGAAGAAAAAGCAGAGUCUGACAUUGAGAAAUAUGCUGAGAUUCAUAAGAGUUGUGUGAUCACAUGUCCGUCACAACAUGUCUUCAGGAAACUAGCACAAUGUUUUCAGAAGAGCCAAGAAGUUGACCCGCAGAAGGAGGCAGGGGAGAGAGCAAGGGCUGACCAUGACCAGCAGGACUGGUGGCAACAUUAUGCUGAUAGCUUCUGGUUCCGACUUUUUAGUCGAUAUCGUACAUUUGAAGCAGUGACAUGGGGGACUGCUGCAAUCCUUGGCUUGCAGCUGUCACGGAAGCCCAACCUGAAGCAGUACAUUGACUUGUUUGGUGACAGAGACCAACGACAACAAUGCAGAGGCUUACUGCUUCGCAUGGCCUUUGCCAUGGCCCCUGAUUGUGGGUCACUAACAGCUACCAAGGCCAUUGUACAGCAACAUGAUGAGCAGCCUACAAAUGCUUCCUAUGUCAGAGAAAAAACAGAAAAUGUUUCAACGCACCAGAACAAACCUUUUGAGGAGCAGUCCCUGGAUGACAUUAUGCAGGAGUUUCAGGGCAUGUGUCAAGAAUAUGCAGCAGUUGGCAGCAGCAUAUCAGGAAUCUAUGCUGCAGACCAAGGAAAUAUGACCUCUGCUAUUGAGCAUUUGAAAUUAGCCAGCAGUCUUGGUCAUGCUCCAGCCUAUUUUAAUCUUGGACUAUGUUUUGAGAUGGGCUGUGGUGUCAGCAAAGACAUGGAAAAGGCUGCAGAAUGUUAUCGUAUGGCAGCAGAGGCAGGUCACACACAGUCUGUUUUUAACCUGGCCCUCAUGACAUUGAAAGGAGAGGGUGGCAUGGAAGAAGACAGACAGAAGGGGGUACAACUAUUAACCCAGGCAGCCCAGCAAGGCCUUGCACAGGCACAGACUUAUCUUGGAGUGUAUUAUACUGAAGAUGAUGAUGACCAACAAGACUUCACGAAAGCAGUCUCUUACUUUAAGGCUGCAGCAGAUCAAAAUGAUGCAGAAGGCCAGUACCUGUUGGGGAUCUGCUAUGAGAAUGGCUGGGGCACAGAAAACGAUGAAGCAGCAGCAGGAAAAAUGUAUUCUGCUGCUGCUAAGAGUGGACAUGAUGGCGCCCUUUACAACCUGGCAGCAUUUCAUGAAUAUGGACUUGGAGGGUUGAUGCAGGACAUGGACCUGGCCACAGAGCUUUAUCAGCGUGCUGCAGCUGAAGGAAAUGCGAGUGCCCAGCAGCGACUGCAGCAAAUAAACUCUCAAACAACUCUUUCACAAAAGACUCCAGCAGAAGAACUGAAAACAGAAAGAGCACUCACAACACAAAUCAUCUUCACUCCGGUGCAGUUCUAGCUCAUCUCCAACAUUAAUAGAAUCAGAAAAGCUGUUAGACACAGCAGGGGUCUGGAGGGAUGGCAUCACUCACUGGUCAUCAAGCACAGAACUGAACAGGUGUUCAUCUGAAAGCACCAGCAAGGUAGUAUUUAUGCUUGGAGAUCCCAGUUCAGAUGAGGACAUCUUGGACCUCACCCACUCCUACAGUCUUGGCUUACCUGGCAAUAGCAUCAGUAUAUUCCAUCCAUAUCUGCCUGCACUGCAGCGGACAUCCACCAUGCCAGACUUGCACAUGGUUUCCUGCCCUUGACGCCACAUUUCAGAUUAGAAAGGCAUCAGUGGUUGUGGCAAUGGAAGGAUUUAGUCUAAAACAACUUGAAAGGAAGGCUGGUCUCAGAGUUUUGCAGGUACACUUUUGUACCAUGAUUUGGCAGCUUCAACUGUUAUGGACAAUCUGCAGUGAAAUUCUGCAGGAUAUGCUAGCAUAUUAAUUCAGAUGGGUUAACAAAUGUUGUUUUAUACAAGCAUAUGGUUAUUUCCUCAGAUUCUUUGUUUUGAAAGUGUUUAGCUUGAAAGCUCAAAGAUAGUGUGCAAGUGUGCAUAUGUGAACAGGAAGACAGGUGGUGUACAUGCAAUACAUAAUAAACUAUAUAAGCUAAAUUGUUCAUUCAAAUGUACUGUGAAUUUUUAACUUUUUUCCUGUAGUCUCCUGGAUGUUACUUCCAAGAUUCCAAUUCAUUUAUUUACUGUUUGUGUGGUUUGCGCCAUAGUUGUUUUAUAAAUCCCACAAAAUGAGAGUAGGACAGGACUUAAGGUACUAAAUCAGGGUUCAGGUUGUUUUCAGUGAGUUUUUUUUUUAAUGUCGUUCUCAUAAGUUUUAGCUAUUAAAGAAAGAUCCGAGAGAGAAUCAUGUUACAAAAUCAAAUCUUGAGCUGUUUAACAUUUGUGUCAUUUUUUUUUUUCUUAAUGUGUUCAGCUUCAGAUAUGUUGAGAAAGAUGGAUUUUUCUUUUGUAGAAACAUAAAGGCAGUGUAAAUGGUUUGUCUGCAUUUUCUUGAUUUGUUUGAAACUGUGGCAUACCAAAUUUGACAUACAUUUGUAAUAUUCAAAAUGUGCUUCCCUCCGUUCAGACAUUACGGAUCACAUGAAAUAUUUAUCAAGGAAAUUCCAUUUUGUUAGACUUUGAGAAAAUAAAUAUUUUGGUUUGCAUUGGCA